AUGCAGUGCGGCUGGCUGUUCUGUGUGCUGCUGCUGAUUUCCUCUGUGAGGGUGAGAGGCCAGAGCGGGCGGAGAGGCAGACAGAAGGCCGAGAGUCUGGUCAUCCAAAAUGAAGGAAAAACCCUAAUCUGCCCAGUGGAGGUGGCCUUUCUCGUGGACAGUUCUGAGAAAGCCAAGGCGAUUCAGUUCGACAAGCAGCGAGACUUUGUGACACGUUUCGGCAUGCGGCUGAUGCAGCUGCAGGUGCCCGGCUGGCGGCUGCGUCUGCGUCUGGCACUGCUGCAGUACAGCAGCACCGUCUCUGUGGAGCACAACUUUCGCGACUGGCAGGACGUGGACGUGUUUCAGAGCCGAGUGGCCGCCAUGUCCUACAUCGGCUACGGCACCUACUUGGCCUACGCCAUCUCCAACGCCACCCAGUUGUUCGUCAGGGAGACGGCGGGCAGCAGCCUGCGCUUUGCCCUGCUGAUGACAGAUGGAGUGGACCACCCGCGCAGCCCCAGCGCUGUUGCCGCGGCUGCAGACGCCAAAAACCACAACAUCCAGAUUUUCGCCAUUGGGCUGUCGCCUCCGACGCGGGACAGCUAUGCCAGGCUGAGGUCACUUGCCAGCGCCCCCCCACAGCAGCAUGUCUUCAACCUUGAGGACACUGACCUGGAUGAAAGACUCUUUUCUGAGCUGAGAGCAGCUGUUGAUAUAGGGUGUCCACAGCCCAAAUACUGUCUGUGUGAUAAAGGAGAGAGGGGACCUCCAGGAAACCCAGGCAAACCAGGCAAUCCAGGCCCUACUGGACUUCCUGGCCUGAAGGGAUCCAGAGGGGCGCCUGGUUUGAAUGGGCGGCCAGGAAUAGAGGGUGUUGAGGGAAGAUCAGGAGCAAGAGGAGAAAAGGGCGAGAGAGGAGAGUGCGGCGCGCCGGGGAUGAAGGGAGAUCAAGGUGCACAUGGACCACCUGGACCUCGUGGAGCUUCAGGAGAGCAGGGUCCUAUUGGUAACCCUGGAGAUGCUGGUCCAGAGGGUCCACCUGGAUCUAAGGGCGACCGUGGACCUGCCGGAGCUCCUGGUCCACAAGGCGAUGCUGGAAUUGGAUUUCCCGGCCCAAAGGGAGACAAAGGUAUCCAAGGCAGACCCGGUCCAGUCGGCCCGGUUGGUAUAGGAGAACCAGGAGCCCCUGGUCCACAAGGACCACCAGGGGUGCAAGGAAACCAGGGUUUGCCGGGUGAGGGCUUGCCGGGACCCAAGGGGGACAGAGGCUAUGAAGGUCCAAAGGGUCUACGUGGUCCUCCAGGCUUGGGCGUUCAGGGUGAAAAGGGGAACACAGGAGCUGCAGGCUUGCCAGGCCCUGUGGGAUUUCCUGGAGCUGGGAUCCAGGGAGAAAAGGGUGACCAAGGACCAACUGGGCCACCAGGCCUCAGAGGAUCUCCUGGUGUGGGUAUAGUUGGGCCAAAGGGAGAUCAGGGCUUUCCGGGUGAACAGGGACCACCAGGAGAGAGAGGGAAUGGAGAACCUGGUCCAAAGGGUGAGCCAGGACCAGAUGGUGCUCCUGGUAUUCCUGGCAUCCCAGGAGAGGAUGGAGCUGUGGGACCUAAGGGUGAGACGGGGUUACCAGGGUCGAGAGGCUCGGAUGGUGCACCAGGAAGGGGAAUUCCAGGAGAAAAGGGCGAUCGAGGUGAGCGUGGCCUUCGGGGUCUCCAUGGAUCCCCUGGACCCGCAGGACCAUCGGGGGCUAAGGGAGAGCCCGGUAGUGCAGGUAUGAUGGGAAUGCCCGGCCCGACCGGUCGUGGCCUGCCUGGUUCAAAGGGCGAACCAGGCCCCCUGGGUGCUCCGGGUGCUGUGGGAGAGCCCGGCAUUGGGAUUGCAGGGCCAAAGGGUGAUAGAGGACCAGCUGGGCCACCUGGACCACAAGGGAUAAAAGGAGAGGGCUACCCUGGGCCUCAGGGACCUCCAGGGUUGCAAGGACCCCCAGGGGAGAUGGGGCCAGAGGGGAAAGGAAUUGUGGGAUCUAAGGGAGAAAGAGGUUUACCUGGGAUUUCUGGACCACCUGGACCACCGGGAACAGGCCUUUUGGGACCAAAGGGUGCUCCUGGCCGAUCAGGCCCCCCUGGUCCUCCAGGUCUACCUGGAGAGGGCAUCCAAGGCCCUAAGGGGGAGCCAGGAUUUCAAGGACCGCCAGGCCCCAGAGGACCCCAAGGGGACAGCCUCCCAGGAGAGAAGGGUAACAGAGGUCUAACAGGUGAACGUGGGAAGAAAGGAGACAGGGGGGAUUUUGGACCACCCGGACAAACAGGACCAGAGGGAAAAUCUGGACAGAAGGGGGACCCCGGCCUGUCGAGAGAAGAAGUGAUUCUGAUCAUCAGAGAAAUCUGCGGCUGUGGUAUGAAGUGCAGGGAGAGUCCGGUGGAGUUGGUGUUUGUGAUUGAUAGCUCCGAGAGUGUGGGUCCGAAGAACUUUGGGGUUCUGAAGGACUUUGUGAAUGCGCUGAUCGACCGCGUGUCUGUGAGCAGAGAGGCUACGCGGGUGGGGGUGGUGCUGUACAGCCACAUAGACAUGGUGGUGGUCAGCCUGCAGCAGCUGUUGGACCUGGCCAGCGUGAAGGCCGCAGUGAGGAACAUGCCCUACCUCGGCGAGGGCACUUUCACAGGUAGCGCCAUCCAUCGCGCCACACAGCUGUUCCAGGCCUCACGCCCAGGCGUCAGGAAGGUUGCUGUGGUGCUGACGGACGGGCUGGCGGACAGACGGGAUGCAGUGCAGCUGGAGGACGCAGUAGAAGAGGCGCACGCUGCCGGCAUUGAGAUAUUCGUUAUUGGGGUGGUGAACCACAAUGACCCUUCAUACGCCACCUUCCAGAGCGAGAUGAGCGACAUAGCUUCAGACCCCGAUGAGGAGCAUGUCCACCUGAUCGAUGACUUCAUUAGCCUUCCCACCUUGGAAAGCGUGUUACUAAGUCGGAUCUGUGACCAGGAUAAUGGUGCCAUGUUCAGUCCAGACCAGAAUGUUCUGUUCCCACUUAGACCUGAGCCUGGUUUAGAGACCCCAGAGACAUUCACUGAUGAUAACUUCGGCACAGCCGGCAAAGAGCCUGAACCUCCGCUGGAGCCCGAGACCCCCUCUCCCCCUCAUGGAGAAGAUGGCAGUGCUGAUAAUGAAAUUGAGAACGGCAGGUCGGUUUUUGAGGGGUCAGUGAAUAAGCUCAGUGAGCUCACAGCAGCUUCAUCUGGCAGUAGAGCCAAUCUCCAGUCCCCUGGCGUGUCUGUGUUGGGACCUACUACCCCCCCCGACUGGCUGCAUGGCCUGGACAGAAGCCCACCUCCACAGAUUCUACCUCCCCCUCGACAGCACGAUGGCUUUAUUCCAGGUGUGGACUGCAGGCAGCGGUUAGACCCCGGGCCGUGCAGGAACUACAAGAUUAAGUGGUACUAUGACCCCGAGGCCAACGCUUGCGCCCAGUUCUGGUACGGUGGUUGCCAUGGCAACAGCAACCGCUUCGAAACACACGACAGCUGCAGGAAAACCUGUGUACGAACGUAACCGGACAUUCACCGAAGCUCGGCGAUUACGCCCAUUUCCUUUGGCUUCUGUUGAAUUACGUUGCACUGCACAGAUAAUGGAGCUGUUUAGUUCACUGGCCUUUUCAGAGGAGGAUGCUGCAGCCAACUGUAGCCUACAGGUUGAAAAUACAGGUUCAUGGACUUAAAAAAACAGAGUUGGCUGUUUGAACUGAUUAACAAAGUUAUUAGGACUGUGCGUUUUAUUGCGUAAGGAUUAAAUGAUCUAUUAAAUGAUCUAUUAGGAUACGUUUAUAUCAUUUACAAGCGCUAACAAUAACCCGUUUACCCUCACGCAGUGUAAAUACAACAUAUCCUACAUAGUAGGAGUCGUUUAUCUGGAAAAUGCCACUUGUGACUGUAACUAAAGGCAUGUAGAGUACACAGAUUAAGUUUAUGUUCUUUCAAAAUAAGGGACCUUUUUAAUGAAGAAUCUUUGUUGCUGUUUAAGUCUAGAUUUGAUCCUUGACUAGACUUAAUUAGCCGCCUGAAAACCACCCCAGAAUGUCUCUAUUUGAAACUGCUGUCUUUAAUAACUGAACUAACAGGAGUUUUCUGAUCUGGCCUGAGGAAUACAGGAACUUUAUCCAGUAAAAUUUUAUUUGAACCCUGUUACCUGACACUGACUUAAUCAUGCUGUAACCAUGUUAUGACUGUUCAUUAAAAUUCACUAUAUGGCCAAAAGUAUGUGGACACACCUCCUACUUACUGAGUUCAGGGGUUUUAGCCACACCCAUUGCCAACAUGUACAAAAUCAUGUUUUACAUUUACGGUAUUUGAUUGACGCUCUCAUCCAGAGCGACUUACACUCAUUUAACACAAGGAGGCCAAGGUGGUGU